AUUCCAUCAAAGAAAAAUUUCACAUCCUCAAGAUCCCAUAUUGCUUUACAUUGUGGAAAUUAAACUGUGACAAAAUCUGUUUCCGUUGUUCUGGUGGUGGGAGAGAGGAUGUGGCUCAUGCGUUAUGGAGAUGUAAGGAGAGUACCAAAAUUUGGAAGGCAUCCUGUUUUUGGCAAAAAAUCAAAAGCUGCAGUGAAAUUGAUCCUGGUCUCUUUAUUUUGCAUAUGAACUCUGUUCUGAACAAAGGAGAGUUUGAGCUUUUUAUCAUCAUUUCUUGGCAAAUCUGGUUUUUGAGAAACAGGGCUCGGCUGGGAGAGAGGGGUCCGAAACCCAGUGAUGUGGUUGAGUGGUGUUCUUCUUUCUGGGUUAAUUUUGAGGCUGUGAAUGGGGAGUCCAGGAAGCCAUCGGUGAAGAGGGAGAUCAUUAAGUGGAAGCCUCCUGACAUGACUUGGCUCAAGGUGAAUGUGGAUGCUGGAGUUCAGAAGGAAGAUGGCUCUUGGAGACUGGCGGCUGUUGCUCGGAACUGGCGCGGGCAGGUCCAGAGAGCCCGGUUGAAGGUGCUUCGUAGUCGGGUGGAGCCGAUCGUGGCUGAAUUGUGGGCGAUCUUGGAAGGGAUUAAGCUCGGAGGGGACCUGAACGGGGCUUGUUUUGGAGUGGAGUCCGAUUGUUUGGGGGCUGUUAGUGCGAUCUCUAAGCCGUCCCCUGGGAUUUUUGACUGGGAUGGAGUUCUUGAUUCCAUCUCCUCGCUGGCCCUUGUUUCCAAUUGCAGGGGGGUUUCUUUUGUCUGUCGUGAAGCUAAUCGUUUGGCGCACUGUUUGGCCAAGUCGUCCCAAGUGCUGGGUUCUAGUGCCGUUUGGAAUGAGGCUCUGCCUCUUGAUGCAUCUGUUGUGGCCAUCGCAGAGAUGCCUAUUCCGUGACUGUAGUUUUUUCUGGUUUUUUUUUUUUCUGGUUUUGUUCCUGUAGUUUUCUUUUUGGGUUGCUGUCUUGGCUUGACUGUUUCCUUGGAUUUCAAAAAAAAAAAAAAAAAUCCCAUAAUUGAAUAGCUACAAGUUCUAUAAGUUAAUGGAUUAUUUAUUGUGAAUUUUGAUCACAAUAGUGAAAAUAUAGUUAAUAAUAAGAUCUGGAACAUGAAAAAGAGUG